UUAAGGUAAAGUAUAUAUUGAUGUUGCCAAUGCCUGCCCUGAGGUGUUCAACGCCUUUGAUACUAGGCGAAGGUUAUAUGACUUUUAUACAGCAAUAUUUAAGUCUCUCUUGAGUGACAAAGGGCAUUACUGCUAUGAGACAACAUAUCAUCCACACCUAUUUUCCAUUACGAAUUUAUGAUGCAAUUUGUUCAAAAAUUCUCUAGGUGUUAAGAUGGAAAAAAAUUGUAUAUUUAUCUUCUAUUAUUAAAUUCUAUAUAUAUUAUCUGCCAUGGCAUAGAAUGCGGAGAGCGAAUUAGAGACUUAAAAUUCGUGAUGAUACCGACUAUAUUCGGAGGAACUCGCCAUCUUGGAGAUUAUGAGAGAAAAAAGAGUGAGAGAACCAUUAUCUAGAUGAUAUUUUGAUUUGAUGCCAUCUUUCCCAAUAGUUUGCGUUAUUUUCUUAAGUUUGCUCCGUAAAUAUAAUAUAAUAGGAAAUAUCAACAAGAGGUGAAUCUUCAUGUACGGAAGAUAUGGACAAAAGAACGCAAAUAGCGAUACAUAUGAAGUAUGUAAUAUUAAUCGUACUUAAAGCCAAUUUUAGAAUCAUUGACCCAAUAGAUGGCUAAUAAAAAUUGAUCGAAGAAUAACUAAUUAAGUGGUAAAGCCGUCGAGGUUAAGUUUAUAUAAUGGAGUCAAAAUAAAGCCAAAAUUUUUUACUUAGCGUCGUCAGACAAUACCUGUAAGAGACAGAAUAAGAUAUAUAGAGAUAAUAUAUAUGUACGUACACAUAAAAUAAGUAAUAAAAGUACCCAAAAACAAAUUAUGUCUCCAAUUUUAUGUGGAAUAGUUAAUUUAUUCAUAAUUUUGGGAUCUCAUGCCACGGCCCAGGUCUUUGAUAUCACAAAAAAAGGUGCAACAACCAGUAGUUCAGAUAUUUCCAAGAGUUUGUUAGAGGCUUGGAAUGGGGCCUGUGCAUCAUCAACCCCAAGUAAAGUGUUGGUCCCUAAAGGGACAUUCCAAUUAAGAGUAGCAAUGCUACAAGGACCUUGCAAGGCUCCUAUUAAUUUCGACUUGGAAGGCACAUUGCAAGCACCUGGACUGGGCCCUAGCUAUAGCUCCGGCAAUGUUUGGAUCGUAUUUUCUUAUGUCGACCGCCUCACUAUUUCUGGUACAGGUACUUUCGACGGUCGAGGUCAAACUGCUUGGGGUAAAAAAUGUGAUUGGAAUGAGUUUUGCGGUAACCUUCCAAUUAAUUUACGGUUCAACUUUGUGACCAACUCCGUAAUCCAAGAUGUUACAAGCAAAGACAGCAAACAGUUUCACGUUAACCUUAUUGGCUGCAAGAACAUGACCUUCCAGUACUUCCACGUUCUCGCGCCCGAAAAGAGCCUCAACACCGACGGAAUCCACAUUGGAAAAUCGACAGACAUCAAGAUUGUCAACACCACAAUCGAAACUGGUGAUGACUGCAUUUCUAUUGGGGAUGGAAGCAAGCAAAUUACAAUCACUAAUGUCACUUGUGGACCGGGCCACGGUAUCAGCAUCGGUAGUCUAGGAAAGUACAAAGAUGAGGAGCCCGUCAAGGGUGUUUACGUGAAGAGUUGUACUUUAAAGAACACACAGAAUGGAGUUCGGAUAAAGACUUGGCCUGACUCAAAACCUGGAGCAGCUUCAGACAUGCAUUUCGAGGACAUAACGAUGGAGAACGUAGGCAACCCGGUGUUAAUUGACCAAGAGUAUUGCCCCUUUAACGGCUGCAAGAACAAGCUUCCGUCUAAUGUUAAGAUUAGUAAUGUAAGCUUUAAGAGGAUAAGGGGAACUUCUUCUACACCAUUAGCUAUAAAACUGGUGUGCAGUGGUGGGAUGCCCUGCCAAAACGUCGUCGUUUCAGACAUUAAUUUGAAGUACAACGGUAGUCAAGGGUCAAUGUCUUCCGAGUGCAAAAAUGUGAAGCCUGUCGUGAGCGGAACACUGAACCCACCAGUUUGCUCUAUUAGCCAUUAGUUAAAUAAUUUUAAAUAAUUACUUUUAGCGUAAAUGAAGCCCCAUAUAUGUAAAAUAUACAUGUAAAGGUGGCGAUAUAUGUAAGGUUUUGACUAUAUUUGUUAUAAUAUAUUAUCUAUAAAUUUAAUUUUUCUUUUCUC